CGGGGGAGACCAGAUCUAGUGAAUGCAGGGUCCGGGGAGACCAGAUCUAGUGAAUGCAGGGGUCCGGGGAGACCAGAUCUAGUGAAUGCAGGGUCCGGGGAGACCAGAUCUAGUGAAUGCAGGGUCCGGGGGAGACCAGAUCUAGUGAAUGCAGGGUCCGGGGAGACCAGAUCUAGUGAAUGCAGGGUCCGGGGAGACCAGAUCUAGUGAAUGCAGGGUCCGGGGAGACCAGAUCUAGUGAAUGCAGGGUCCGGGGAGACCAGAUCUAGUGAAUGCAGGGUCCGGGGAGACCAGAUCUAGUGAAUGCAGGGUCCGGGGAGACCAGAUCUAGUGAAUGCAGGGUCCGGGGAGACCAGAUCUAGUGAAUGCAGGGUCCGGGGAGACCAGAUCUAGUGAAUGCAGGGUCCGG